AUGGGUUCAUCACAAAGCUCUGAAGUUCCGGGAGGUGGUUCUGAGGGUUACCAUGUACUAAGGGUCCAAGAAGGUUCUCCGGGUGCAAAAGCAAAUCUCGAACCGUUUUUUGACUUUAUAGUAGCAAUGGAAAAUACUAGAUUAGAUCAAGACAAUGAAACUCUUAAAACCCUUUUAAAAAAGAAUAUUGAUAAACAAAUAAAAAUGCUUAUUUAUAGUACAAAAACUCAAUCAGUCCGGGAAGUGAUGAUUACACCCAGUGAAAACUGGGGAGGACAAGGCCUUCUUGGUGUCAGUAUUCGAUUUUGUUCAUAUGAAGGUGCUAACGAAAAUGUUUGGCAUAUCUUAGAAGUUCAUCCAUCUUCGCCGGCUGAAAUGUGUGGCUUGCGGCCAUUUUCUGAUUAUAUAAUUGGUGCAGAUUCUAUCAUGCAUGAAAGCGAAGAUCUUUUUACUAUAAUUGAAGCACAUGAAGGCAGAGCUUUAAAGCUUUUUGUUUAUAAUAUUAAUGAUGAUGUUUGCCGAGAAGUUGUCAUUACACCUAAUCAUAUGUGGGGUGGUGAAGGAAGUCUUGGAUGUGGCAUUGGCUAUGGUUAUUUGCACAGGAUUCCUAUACGAAGCAGUCAAAUUGUACCAAACCCACAUUACAUUCCACCACCAGCAAUGGUACCGCAGAACACACCGCAGCAGUUCUUGGUGUCAGGUGUUGAAAACUUAAAUAUAACAAAUGAAACAACUCCACUUGUUGACACAAAUCAGAGCACAAACUUAGCACCAAUUCAGGUUACGCAACCACAAUUUCUAUCUGGAGUGCCUAUGGUGAAUCCUGGAGUUUAUACAUCCCAUGGUAGUACUGCACCGCAAAGUAUGAUGGAGCAAGUGAGCAUACCAUCAGGAUACUCUGAACCACCAAUGUCACAAACACAAUCUGUGGUAUCUAAUAUGGCUGCUUACUCUAGCAAUCUCGCUGAAACAACAUUGACCAAUUUAGGUAGUAUACCCUCAGUUUCUAAUAUGCAACCUCCGGCACCCUUACCAAAUUUACCAGGCAUUCCUAUGAACCAGCCACAGCCUUAUAUACCAAUAAUGUCAAAUUAUAAUCAACCUUUAGUUCCCGCAUCUGCCCCUUUACAACAAACAUCAUCGAAUUUAGUUCCCACGUUUGACAUGAGUAGUUUUACCCAAGCACCGCUGCAGCCGCCGUCGUUAAGUGCUGGCUUGCCCGUAGUAACGCCAGUAUCCUUACCAGGGAUGCCUUCAAUAACUGUAAGUGCUACGUUGCCUGUUUCGACAAUGCAAGAAAUACAUCAACAGCAAGUUCUACAACAGCAAGAUCUAUUAUCAUAGACAUUUUUAAUUUUGCAACAUACUGCUUUUUAGCAUCUCCAUCAAACAAGUCCUGUGGAUAAAGCAUUGUGCAAAAAGA